CGCCCAAGCCCUAGGACAACGCCUGGCCCGUGGUGGACUCUGGGAGAAGUCUUACUUGUCAGAGGCGUGCAGGAAUGAAUGAAUGAACCUGCACAAGCUGUGCAAGAGGAUCCCAGGUGAGGACAGCCCAAAACCUUGGGACCCUGCACUUGCGUGGGAGACCUGGAGGAAAUUCCUGGUUCCUGGCUUCGGAUCAGCACAGCAUUGGCCGUUGUGGUCACUUGGGGAGUGAAUCAUCGAAUGGAAGGUCUUCCUCUUUGUCAGCUCCAUGGCCGUGGCACCUGAUUCUGAGGCCAUUUCCUAUCUGCUGCCUCCAAACAGGGAGGACUGGGAGGGGCGAGGUGUCCCCGACUUUGUCUACGGGCAGCAGGAACUGCUGGUGGAGGGGAUUCAGUGGCCCGCCAGGGCAGCAGCAAGCGUCCCACUCCCAUGGGUGCCAUCUCGCUUCGACUCUGCCCUGCAGUCAGCCUGGAGCCAGCGGGCUGAGCUUGGACUCUUCCGCUACCGCCUGGGGGAGCUGCAGACCCAGACCCUCCCUGGCACCCUGGGUCUCGUGGCCCAGCUGAACAUGGAGCGAGGAAUACAGCGGCGGCAACCUCAGAACAUCCAGAGCGUGAGGCAGGCGUUUGACCCUGAACAGUUCAACUUCACCAAGAUCCAGCCAGGAGAGGUCCUCUUCCGUUUGCGCCGGGAGCCCCCCACCCCCGAUGCUUCCCAGCAAGAAGACAUCCUUGUGAUGAUUAAUGUCAGCCCCCUGGAAUGGGGCCAUGUGCUACUGGUGCCUGAGCCCACCCAGGAACUCCCUCAGCGCCUGCUGCCUGGGGCACUGCGCGCAGGCGUGGAGGCCGUGCUGCUGAGCGCACACCCGGGCUUCCGGGUUGGCUUCAACAGCCUGGGUGGCCUGGCCUCCGUCAACCACCUCCACCUCCAUGGCUACUACCUGGCCCACAGACUGCCCGUGGAAGUGGCACCGAGCAUACCCUUGGACCCUGUGGGCCUGCUGCACCUGCUGCAGGCCCUCCCAGCUCCAGGCUUCCUCUUCUACACCAGUGGGUCAGGCCCUGACCUGGAAGGCCUGAUCAGCCGAGUGUGUCGGGCCACUGACUAUCUGAUCGACCAUGAGAUUGCACAUAACUUGUUUGUGACCAGGGGUGCUCCACCUGGGAAGGCAUCACCCUCACCAGCCCUCACAGGGAUCCGAGUAAUUCUCUGGCCCCGGAAGUCCAGCUUUGGGAUCAAAGAAGGAGAGGCUUUCAACGUUGCUCUUUGUGAGCUGGCCGGGCACCUGCCUGUCAAAACAGCUGUGGACUUCAACAGCCUGACUGAGAUGGGGGCCGUGAGCCUCAUUCAGGACUCUCUGUUGCUGCCAGCCCAGGCACAGGAAGUACAAGCAGCCCUGGUGGCCCUGGUGGCACAGCAGGAACGGUGAUCCUUCCACAGCGUUUAUUUUCUAACCAAUAUGAGCCGCUUUCCACCAGACUAUGCCUCAUGGUCAUUUGGUCAUUGCUUCUCUUCUCACCUGCCUCAGCCUGAGAGAUGGGCAAAGAACUGAGUUAAGGAGAGAAGCCUUGGAAUAAAUGUAAUGGAUGAGCCAG